AUGAACAUUGAUGAAAUGGAUUUGUACCUUGCAAUUUGCUCGUCAUGGAUGAAAUCGACCCGCCUUCUUGGAUUACAAUCCUCAACAAGGACGAGUCACUGCUUUACUUCGCGAAUACCUUACACACCAAACUCUAUUUCUACUUUCAAUGUUACUCGACUUCGGCUGGCAAACAGCGGUGACAUCAAUCCUAACCCUGGUCCUUCUAUUACAUCGUUUACAACAAAUCGCUUUUGGCAGCGCCAUGAAAUGCAACGACGUCGUAACCCUUGUAACCUCGAGCAAAUCAAGUGUGAUUCUGAUCUUCAUCUUAGAACAUCGACAACUAAUCUGACUAUGUCAGGAUUGGAAGUCAAGAGUGAAAUUACCGACAGGGUUUGGCCUAUCAAUACUGUGGAAAGUCGAAGAACUUUUCCUUCUAAAGUUAAAAAUUUGCAUAAUGCUGUUAACAAGAAUAAUCUCGUGCAGAUUUGCAUUACUUUGAACAGGAAACCUGUUAUCUCCAACAAAUCUACUUUAUCGGCUCCGAAGUUUUGUUUGUUUGGCCUCCUGAAUUGUCGAUCAGUCCGCAAUAAGUAUCUCUCUAUCAAGGACUAUGUUGUGGACAAGGAUUUUGAUAUUUUUGCUAUUACCGAGACCUGGCUCAACACUGGGGAUUAUGAUAAUUUAGUAAUCGGAAGUCUUAUCCCAAAUGGCUGUUGCUUUUUACACUCUGCUCGUGAUGGAAGAGGUGGUGGCGUCGGAUUGCUUUUCAAAAGUUCGUUGCCAGUUAAGCAGACAUCAAAGGUCUAUCUGGACACCUUCAUUUCCUUUGAAGCCAUCGAAAGUGAAGUUAAGAUUUUUUCGCAAUCUGUUUCCAUCCUUAUUGUCUAUCGUCCUCCACCCUCAUCUGGAAACAAUCUUUCAACUGAGCUUUUUAUGAAUGAAUUUUCGUCGCUGUUAGAAUCCUAUAUCACUAAAACUGGUUCACUUGUAAUCGCUGGUGAUUUUAAUUUUCAUGUUGAUGAUACAACUGAUACUGCGGCGGCUAAUUUCCUGAGCUUAUUGGAGUCAUUUGAUUUACAACAACAUGUUCGUAGUUGCACCCACAGAGCUGGACAUACUUUGGAUCUGGUAAUCACUCGUGAUGCUGAAUAUAUUUUAAAUGCUAUUUCAGUUGAUAAUUCCUCAGAGAUAUCGGAUGAUUGCACUGUUUGUGCUGAUCUUCGUUUUGUUAAGCCUAAUUGGGAAAGGAAGCGUAUUUGUGGUCGGAAAUGA